AUGGCAUUGGCUGCGUGUAUAUCUGGAUGGAAACAUUUGAAACCGGUAGUUGUUGUUGAUGGGACUCACCUGACUGGUAAGUAUAAGGGUUGUCUAUUAACGGCAAGUAGACAAGAUUCUAAUUACCAGGUUUUUCCAAUAGCGUUCGCCGUUGUCGAUGCAGAGUCUGACCAGACAUGGAGGUGGUUCUUUGAGAAGUUGGUAGACAUUAUUCCAGAUUCCUCUGAUCUUACUAUUAUCUCGGAUAGGCACGGUGGAAUUGCCAAAGCUAAAAAGAAAUGGUAUCCACAGUCACACCACGGUUCCGGUCAGAAAGGAUUGGUCGGAAAGUCUGGAGAAGCGUUCACAGUUUCUAAUUUCAAGAAACUAUACGCAAGGCUGAAGGAUGUUGAUUAUCGUUGUUGGGAGUACAUGGAAAAAAUCCCUCUUGCGCUCUGGACUAGAUCACACUUUACUGGUAAGAGGUAUAAUAUGACCUCCAGUAACAUUGCGGAGUCUCUGAACAAUGCACUAUUUGCAGCAAGAGACAGUCCAAUCGUUGCAAUGCUAGAAUUUAUCAGGCGAAUGUUAAGUAGGUGGCUUGAAUGCAGAAGAGAGAAAAUUCAAAAGAUGGAUGGUGACGUUCCAGAAGAAGUUGACAAGUUAAUGAACCUGCAGCUUGAAAAAUCUGCUGCACUAUCGGUUCAAGGCAUUUCUUUGUGGGAGGUUGAAGUCAGUUCUGAGUUAGGUGUACGGCGGCAUGUUGAUCUCCUAAACAAAACAUGCUCAUGUCUAGAGUUUCAGACAUUGAAAUACCCUUGCCGACAUGCAAUGGCCGCGGCUAGGCUUCGUCAAGUGGAGUACAGCAAUUUGGUUGAUCCAAUUCUUAAGAAAUCAAUUUGGAGUGCAACAGUUAGUGGCAAAAUCCUACCAGUGCCCGACCCUGACGACAUUCGUAUCCCAGCUGAGGUGCGCAUUAUGGCUUAUGUAUAA